CAAACCUCGGCAGCAGCAGCAGCGGACACGGAGCAGCGGUGGCACCACGGCGGCGUUACUGUCUGUUUUUUCAUUUUUCAGACUGAAAGGUCGCUUUUUAUAACCCACCGCCCGUUGAGUUUUGUUUUUGUUUUUUGUUUGUUUGUUUGUUUUUACUUUUUUUUUUUUUGACUGGCAACAUGAGGAGAAGUGAAGUCCACGCAGCAGCGUCUGUGACUUGUCUCAAUAAAGCACUAGCAAGGCUGAAGGACAUUUGGGAAGAAAUAGGGAUUCCUGAGGACCAGCGGCUGCAAAGGACCGAUGCUGUCCAGAAGCACAUUCAAAGUUUGCUGGACAUGAUGAUUGCUGAGGAAGAGGCCCUCAAGAGGAGGCUGCUGAACAGCAUUGAAACUUGUCACAAGGAACUCAAAACUUUGUGUACUGAACUCCAGCUGCCCCCGUUUGAGGAGGAGGACGGAUGCACUAUUUUGCAGUUGGAGAAGGACAGCCGCACACGUCUGGAGGUCAUGAGGAAGCACAAGCAGCAGAGGAUGGAAGACCUCAAAGCACUUCUAGCCAAGGACCGUGAGCUGUGUCGUAUAAUGUGUUGCACCCCCUUUGGCAUCGACCAGGAUGCCGUCCCAUCACUGGAGGAACUGAAGACUUAUCGCUCCUACCUUGAUGAUCUGACCAAAGAGAAGGAGCGUCGUCAUGAUGAAUUUGUGGGCAUAAAGUCGCAGAUCAUCGUGUGUAUGGAUGAUCUGGAGCGGUCCCCAGAGACCAGUUUUGAGAGGGAUGUGAUGUGUGAGGAUGAGGAUGUCUUCUGUCUGUCAACAGACAAUAUUGCUGCUCUCCGGCUGCUCCUCAGUCAGUUGGAAGAACACAAGGCUGAAAAUGAGCAGUGCUGUUCAGCACACCGCACUAAGAUCCAAGAUCUGUGGGACAGACUUCAGAUUCCCCAAGAGGAGAGGGAGGCUUUCUCCGAGCACAUGGUCAAGUCAAAGAAGAAAAACAGGGAUGCGCUGGAGGCUGAAGUCCAACGUCUGGAUGUCCUGAAGAUGAAGAGCAUGAAAAGUUUCAUUGAGGCCAUAAGAGCUGAGAUUUCCCUUUUCUGGGAGAGGUGCUUUUACAGCCAAGAGCAGUGUCAAGCUUUCGUUUCAUAUCAUGAUGAUAAUUUCACUGAGGAGCUUCUGAACCUGCAUGAGGCUGAGGUCUUGACUCUGAAGAAGUAUUAUGAAGAUCACAGAGAGCUCUUUGACGGAGUCACAAAAUGGAAGGAGAACUGGACAUUGUUCCUUGAACUUGAUAGAAAAGCGAACGAUCCCUCUCGGUUUAACAACAGAGGCGGGAACCUUCUCAAAGAACAGAAGCAGAGAACUGACCUGCAAAAAAGUCUGCCCAAGUUGGAGAAGAGCCUGAAGGCUCAGAUUGACCUUUGGGAGCAGGAGCAUGGCAGGACGUUCCGGGUCGAUGGACAGACAUUCCUGGAGUAUGUUCAACAGCAGUGGGAUCUUCACCACUCAGAGAAGGAGAAAGAGAAAGUGGAAAGGCAAAUGAAGAAAAGCAAACAGACUGAGGAGGACAUGCUCUAUGGAACCUCCAUUCGGACACCAUCCAAAAGGCGGAUGGCAGGGACUCCCACACCUGGCAAAGUACGAAAGCUCAAUGGGACCUCGAUCGCCUCCACCAACAGCACCCUCACUUCUGGCUUUGGAACGAUCUGCCACUCAGUCCAGAGAACACCUCUGUCCGCCAGCAAGGGUCUUGGCCUGCGGACCCCCGGGAAUGGAAAGACUCCCCGCGCACUUGACAGAAACAAGGAAAACAUUUCCCACCUCAGUAGAAAUGCUCUGAGUGGCGUGCUAAGAUCUCAGGAUAGUUCCGAUCGCAACUUCAGCAUCAACGCUGUUGGUGUCUCCUAUUCAGAGUUUGCGCGAGACAUCACGAAGGCGUCAGGACAGCUGAACUCGACCAUCAGUCACCACUGACGGCCAGAGGAGCUGCAGCAGCACCGGGAGUCGUCCAGCUUCACUGGUGCUUUAACAUAGUUUCAUUGUCUUUAUUUUCAGUGGGCAUGAGGGAAAUGUGUUUGUGGCUUUUUAAAUGUUAGUCCUUAGUCUGAAAAAAAAAAAAGUACAUAUUUUAUGCUGCAUAAACAUUUUUAGGCUCAAGAAACCA